GAAGUACUAAUGGUGUGAAUGAUACAGGCUUUUUCAGAUCAGCAUCAGGGUUCAUGAACAUAUUGGUGGCAGCACUGAAGACCAUAGGGGAGCACUAUCCUAGUCGUCUACACAAAGCUUUUGUCAUUGACCCUCCUUCUCUUUUUCCAUAUCUUUGGAAGGGCGUCAAGGCGUUUAUUGAGUUAUCAUCAAUCACGACGAUGGUGUCCUCACUUGAUUUCGAUGAUUUUCCUGACUUUAAUCACUUCACUCCAUACCCACGAGCCGCAUCACUUCGGUUUAAUCCUUCCUCAGUGCCAUCGAAAGGCGCCAAAGUUGGUUCUUGCUCUUCUUCACGCUUUUCGUUCACGGUUGCCCACCAUUUUGACUCACUCAAACCUUGGUAUCUCACUUUGACCGACAAACCAUCAUUUAAAGUGGGUCCCGCAUCCACGCCUGUACUUGGGCCUGCCCUCAUCUCACCUGUCAAUGCCCGAUCCUACUCAUUUGCAUCACCGACUGCAAGGAACAUGAACACAUUAAGGAAAAACUUCUUUCCAUCAACUCCGUUACCACAAAAAACCCAAGUGAUGGACCACUCGGGUGUCAACCACCCAAGAACCCCUAAACCAUCAUUCCUACACUCACCUGCCUUAUUUUUCAAAAAAGAGUGCCACUUAAGCAAAACUGAAAAGUGUCGGGAAUCGUUUAUUCCGUUCCUGAGAUUCUACCGAAGACCAUACGAUGAAAUGAUAUAUAGAUCAAAGAUGAAGCCUCCACUCGGAGGCCUCAUUUCGAUUGUUUCUCCACAAAUCAGACGUCGCCACAUGUCCGUCUCUCAACGGUAUUGAUAACACCAAAAGAGUGGUACAUAUAAGAUUUCACAUUGACAUUGACAAUAUCAGGUGUAAUAAUUUAUAUUAUCAAUAUUUAUGAAUUCCUAUGUGACACAGCAAAUCAAUGUUGCUUUUAAUAUAUAAGUGUGUUGUGCAUUAA